GGCCAACGCAGGAAAUAGGAAACAGGUAAGACAGGUCCAAAAGUUUAAAAUGAAAGGUUUAUAUUUAAUAUGAAACCGUGUGUGGAUAUUGGAGGAGUCCAGUUUCAAAUGACUGUGGCUUGAUGAAUAGUGGCAAUCAUUUAGAAAUUUGGAAUACAUGUUUAUGUGAUGCUGUAAGGAGUACGCAAUUACAAGAUCAUGGAUAAAGAACCCAUUUCCGAUGUUCAGUUAGAUGAACUGAUCACGACGACGACGGCUGCUCCAAUCGAUCCUUAUUUUUCAUAUAAGGACAAUCUCAUAGGAGCUCUGCUUGCCAUUUUUGGACACCUUGUUAUCAGUAUUGCACUCAACUUACAGAAAUACAGCCAUGUACGCCUGGCGGGAUCCAAAGAUUCUCGAUCAUAUUUCAAGACAAAAACCUGGUGGUGUGGUUUUUUGGUGAUGCUAGUUGGAGAGCUUCUUGUGUUUGCCUCCUACGCCUUUGCACCUCUGUCCCUCAUUGCACCUCUCAGUGCUGUAUCUCUGAUAGCCAGCUCAAUUAUAGGAUUUAUAUUUAUUAAGGAGAAGUGGAAACCAAAGGAAUUUUUAAGACGUUAUAUCUUGUCCUUUCUAGGCUGUGGUUUGGCAAUAGUGGGCACCUAUUUGCUAAUCUCGUUUGGACCCAACAGUCAUGAGAAGAUGACUGGAGACAAUAUUGUGAAGCACCUAGUCAGCUGGCAAUACCUCCUCUAUGUGCUUGUGGAGAUUCUAGCUUUCUGUUCCCUGCUGUACUUCUACAAACAGAAGAACGCUAAUUACCUGAUAAUUAUAUUGCUGCUGGUAGCGUUGUUGGGAUCAGCUACAGUAGUCACUGUAAAAGCAUUAGCUGGUAUGAUUAUCGUGUCUAUACGGGAUACCUUACAACUUGGAUAUCCAAUUUUCUACAUCAUGUUGGUAUGCAUGGUGGCAACAGCUGUUGCACAAGCUUCAUUUCUUGCUCAGGCAGCCCAGCUGUAUGAUUCUGCUCUGAUUGCAAGUGUUAAUUACAUCUUAUCCACAACGAUAGCUAUUUCUGCAGGAGCAGUAUUUUAUUUAGACUUCCGUGAAGAAGAUGUACUUCACAUGUGUUUGUUCGCUCUGGGGUGUCUUAUUGCCUUCCUUGGAGUCUUCCUUAGCACAAGGAAUAGGAAGAAAACGAAAGCCUUUGAACCAUAUAUAACGAUGAACACUAUGCCAGGUCUGCAAACCACACAUGACAAUGGCAGUGUUAUUCAGCCUGAUUUUGGAAGCUCAUUUUCGUAUGGCGCUCUUGCUAGCAAUGACAGCAUAUCUGAAAUCUACGCACCUGCCACACUUCCUGUUGUUACAGAGGAAGCAUCUUCCACCUUGCCUUAUAAAGUGCUAGACCACAAUAAGACUGAGUAGGGUUACUGACUUUUUUUCUUGCACUGCGGGAACAUAUUCAGAGUUGCAUUCCAUUUUCCCUCGUAUAUAAGGGUUAUUUUGAACAUUUUAUUAUCACUGUCAUAAUUUAUUUUUCAAGACCUAAGCCUAAAUGAAUGUGUCUGACGUGUGGAAAUCUGCUUUGCUUUCUUGUUGACAAUGUUGUGAUCUUUGGAAUAACUAAUGUGGAUUCUUAGACCAGAGAGGCUUAGCCAGAAUGCCCCCCUUACUGUAGAUGUGUGAAAUAGACCAAGAACAUGGAACUUUUGCUGGAUUACAGAUCUAUGAACGAAAUUAUUGCCAAAGAACUCAACUGUUUGUUGAAGAGAUGAAUGCUAUGGUCAAGUCAGCACUGGAGAGCAAUAGAGUAAAAUUAGUGCAUUUUUGACUUUUGCUUUAUUCUAACAAAUUACUUGAGACUGUUGCUCAAAGGUGCAAGUCUCCCUUUAGGCAGUUCUGUACAGCCUAGUAACCAUUGGAUAAUAAUUGGGGGUAAUGUACAAUGGUCAUAGUGGUCUUAUCAACAUUCAGAAAACAUUCUGAUGAUCACUUCUGCUUUUCUUGUUGAUGGCCCACAGACACAUGGAGGUUGACUUAUGGUAAAGCUAGUACCCUCUGGUCUAGUCUCUAAAAUUGAUCCUUGACGCUGCCAGUAUUCAUACAUUGUGACAAACUAACUGCUCUUCAGAGCUAUGUACCACUUGAGCAUCCUGACAAAUCUGGUGCGGAUUAGCUGCUCUGUCGUUAUCAUGUAAAUAUUGAACAGGCUUUUAAGUUGUGUGUUUCAGAAUGUUUUAUGUUACUUGGUGGUAGUGGCAAAUGAUUAGGCAAAUAUUAAAAAUCUAAUCUUUAACAAAUCGCAGGCAGUGUGGUACUCUGUUAGGUUGGUGAAGAUAUUUUAAAACUCCCAUGCCAUUCAUAGGUAGCAUUACCCUAUAAGAUACCUCUUAAUACCUCAGUUGAUCCGUUGUACCCUAAAUGAGGACCAAUACAUCAAUUUAAGUUUAGCAUAUCUUAAAAUAAAAAUGUAAGCGUACACAGUUUGUGCAUACUUAAAUCCACUCCAUAAGCCUUUCUUGACCCAUAUUGGUUACUUUGUUCUAUGUCCUGUUGCUUUCUGGCUUCCAUCUGGUAAUGCAAUACAUGUUUCUUUCAUACCAUUUUUCUGCUUUUUUUUUUCUCCAGUGAAUUAUUUAUACUGUUAAUAUGGUCAAACCUGUCUUCCUUAGGAAAUUAGGAGUUUCUAAUAGAGAAUACCUGUAAAUGACUGUAAUAUAAAUAAUACUGAUGCAAGAAAGCCAAAACAACGUCUCACUGUGCUGGCAUAAUUUGCAUCUUAGCUGCUUUAAAAUCUCAUCUGCAAUUUUACAAAUGGAAUUAAAGUUGGUAGUUUUUGUAUAUACUA